AUGUUCAUCCACCGUGUGAUCCUGGCUGAAAUGAUAGCUGGUGUCAAGCAGGAGAGGCUUGCAGCUGUGCCAAAGCCCUUGGAAUUUCAUAAGGAGAAAUUGAUGCAGCUCACAGGGGUCCUAGAUGAUUGUUUAUGUGACAUAGAAAGCAUCGAUGACUUCAAUACUUUCAAGAUAUUUCCCAAAAUACAGAAACUGCAAGAACGUGAUUACUUCAGAUAUUACAAGGUCAACCUGAAGAGACCAUGCCCAUUUUGGGCAGAUGAUGGCCAUUGUUCUAUCAAAGAUUGUCAUGUAGAGCCUUGUCCUGAGAGCAAAAUACCUGUUGGAAUUAAGGCUGGGAGCUCUAAUAAAUAUUCAAAAGCAGCAAAUAAUUCCAAAGAAUUGGAAGACUGUGAGCAAGCUAACAAGCUGGGAGCAGUUAACAGUACCUUAAGUAACCAAAGUAAGGAGGCUUUCAUUGACUGGGCAAGAUACGAUGAUUCACAGGAUCACUUUUGUGAACUUGAUGAUGAGAGAUCUCCAGAUGCACAGUAUGUGGAUUUGCUGCUGAAUCCAGAACGUUACACUGGAUACAAGGGGCCUUCUGCUUGGAGAGUAUGGAACAGCAUUUACGAAGAAAACUGCUUCAAGCCUCGAUCUGUCUAUCGUCCUUUAAAUCCACUGGCGCCUAGUAGGGGAGGAGAUGAUGGAGAAUCUUUCUACACAUGGCUAGAAGGUCUGUGCCUUGAGAAAAGAGUGUUUUAUAAACUCAUUUCUGGACUCCAUGCUAGCAUCAACUUGCACCUGUGUGCAAAUUAUCUUCUUGAAGAGACGUGGGGGAAGCCUCGCUGGGGACCAAAUGUGAAAGAGUUUACUCGCCGCUUUGACCCUGCUGAAACGAAAGGAGAGGGCCCAAGGAGGCUCAAGAACUUGUAUUUCUUGUACUUGAUAGAGCUGCGUGCUUUGUCAAAGGUUGCUCCCUACUUUGAGCGUGCAGUUGUCGACCUUUACACUGGCAAUGGCCACGAGGAUGCUGAAUCUAAAGCUCUCUUACUAGAUAUCUUCAGGGAUACCAAGUCCUUCCAUAUGCACUUUGAUGAAAAGUCCAUGUUUGCUGGAGAUAAAAAAGGAGCCAAGUCACUAAAGGAAGAAUUCAGGUUGCAUUUCAAGAACAUCUCCCGCAUAAUGGACUGUGUUGGAUGUGACAAAUGCAGGCUCUGGGGCAAGCUGCAGACUCAAGGCUUAGGAACUGCUCUGAAGAUCUUGUUUUCUGAGAAAGAAAUACAGAGCCUUCCUGAGAAUAGCCCAUCAAAAGGUUUUCAGCUCACACGGCAAGAAAUAGUUGCUCUUGUAAAUGCCUUUGGAAGGCUUUCCACGAGUAUAAAAGAGUUGCAGAAUUUUAAAGUUUUAUUACAACAAACUAGGUAAUGAAGGUCUUUGCACAACCUGUUAGUGAAGAUCAUUUACAUGACUGCAUUGAGCAGAAGGAACUGAUCCUUACAGGACUCACAUGAACUGAUAAAAAGUAAAAUCAAAUCCCAACUUGAAUAUUUAUGUUUAAACUAGGAA